AUGACAACUAACGUUAGAAAGGAAGUGGCUGUUAUUACCGGUACAAAUAGCAACCUGGGUUUGAACAUUGCGUAUCGGCUCAUAGAAUCCUUAGACAGUUCCAAGCGGUUGACUAUAGUGGUGACCUCUAGGACGCUUCCUCGAGUUAGAGAGGUUAUUGGAUUACUGAAGAAACAUGUCAUCAAACUGAACAAACCAUUAGGGACUGUAGACUACGACUAUCUUUUGGUCGAUUUCACUAAUAUGGUCAGUGUACUAGGUGCCUGGUACGAACUGAACAAGAACUACAAAGCUAUCAAUUACUUUUUUGUCAAUGCCGCUCAGGGGGUCUAUGACGGUAUUGACUGGGUUGGUGCUGUCAAGGAGGUUUGCACUAACCCGAUAGACGCGGUCACCUUCCCCAGCUACAAAAUUCAAAGAGUUGGGGUUAAAUCAAAAGAUGACAUGGGCCUGGUUUUCCAGGCUAAUGUGUUUGGUCCGUUCUACCUUUUACGUAAACUGCUCUCUCAACUAGAGGCAGGAAAGGCAAGGGUCGUCUGGGUGUCGAGUAUCAUGGCUGAACCCAAAUAUUUCUCUCCUAAGGAUAUGCAGUUACUGGAGUCAAACUCCUCGUACGAGGGCUCCAAGAGAUUGGUAGAUCUGCUACACGUGGCAACGUACCAGGAACUGAAGAAAAGGGGGAUACACCAGUAUGUUGUACAACCUGGUAUUUUUACAAGUCAUUCCUUCUACAAGUAUUUGAAUAUAUUCACCUACUACGGGAUGUUACUACUAUUUUACCUGGCCCGACUUUUGGGUUCCAAGUGGCACAAUAUUGAUGGUUACAAAGCUGCCAAUGCCCCGGUGUAUGUGGCGACUUUGGCAAACCCAAGAUUUGACACACAGAACGUUAAAUUUGGGUCGGCAACCUCGUUUGAUGGGAUGGAAUUCAUCGAAAAGACACCUCUGGAUCCAACGGGAUCCAGUGACGUGCACCACUACAUAGAGAAGAAGUGCGAGGAAUGGGACGUGAAAUUAAAGGAUCAGAUUUCAAACACGAGAGUACCAAUCUGA